CAAACAAGCAAAACACGAAAAAGCAACUGAACGAGAUUUAUAAAAUGCAGACAGCUCGCUCGUUCCAUUCCCAUUCGAUUUCACAGUGAAAAAACACACACAUACAUACAAAGAUCUAAUCCAAGCGCUCAAUCGAUUCAAAAUGGACGGACAAGAUACAGAAGAUAUGAAGCAAAGCAGUGCUGAUAUGACUGUUUUUGUACAAAAUCUUCUUCAACAAAUGCAAGCCAGGUUUCAGACGAUGUCAGAGUCUAUUGUUACAAAAAUUGAUGAAAUGGGAGGCCGGAUAAACGAACUGGAGCAAAGCAUUAGUGAACUGAAAACAGAAAUGGGAGCCGAGGGAUCUCCAUCUCCACUGCCACCGCCAAAGACAGAAGAUGUAAAGCCGGAGGAAGGCUCUGCUUAGACUUUACUUAAGGUGAAUGUCAUUCAGCUAUUGAGACAAGUUUUAAUAUGUGCAAGGCGUUGUCAUUGUCCUUUUUCGUGCUAGAUAUUGUUGCAAGUUAACUAAUGCUACUUCUCAGAUGUUAUGUUGCGAAGAUUCUCUAUAUAUUACGUAUAUUUGUUUAGGAUAUCGUCAUCACCCCUGUAUGAUUUAUUAUUGGGGCUACUAUUAAAGUUCGAGUUUUCUCAUGCA